AGAGGGUGGGUCGGCUUCCGGGCGUGCGUCUAAGAGGAUGGAUCGCAGGUCCCGGGCUCACCAGUGGCGUCGAGCUCGCCAUAACUACAACGACCUGUGCCCCCCCAUUGGCCGCCGGGCCGCCACCGCUCUCCUCUGGCUCUCCUGCUCCAUCGCGCUCCUCCGCGCCCUAGCCUCUUCCAACGCCCGCGCCCAGCAGCGCGCCGCCCAGCGCCGGAGCUUCCUCAACGCCCACCACCGCUCCGCCCAGGUGUUCCCCGAGUCCCCCGAGUCCGAAUCCGACCAGGAGCACGACCACGAGGAGGCCGAACCCGAGCUGGCCGUCCCUGAGUGCCUAGAGUACGAGGAAGACUUCGAAUACGAGACCGAGACCGAGACCGAGACCGAGUCCGAGUCUGAGAUCGAGUCCGAGACCGAAUUCGAGACCGAGCCCGAGACCGCCCCCGCCACUGAGCCCGAGACUGAGCCGGAAGACGAGCGCGGCCCCCGAGGCGCCGCCUUCAACCAGUCUCUCACCCAGCGUCUGCACGCUCUGAAGUUGCGGAGUGCCGACACCUCCCCGAGCCGCGCACAGCCCGCCACUCAGGAGCCCCAGAGCGCCAGCGAGGGGGAGGAGCCCCAGCGAGAGCCCCAAGACCAGGAUCCCCGCGACCCCGAGGAGUCAGAGGAGCGCAAGCAAGAGAAGAGGCAGCCACGCCGCUGCAAGACCAGGAAGCCCGCCCGCCGCCGAGACCAGUCCCCGGAGUCCCCUCCCAGAAAGGGGCCCAUCCCCAUCCGGCGUCACUAAUGGGUGACUCCGUCCAGAUUCUCCUCGUUUUCAUG